CACUCACAAUUCUUUCCAUUCUCUGCCCUCAAGAAACCUGAUCGACCCCCUCUGAAUCAAACCCCCAUCCCUUGAUUAUCUCAGACAUUCAAUUAGGAAUUCCAAACAUCUUCCUCUUUAUUUUCUCUACAGAUUCUACUUGUUUUGAUAUCCGUCGAUUAAAGGUGCUUAUUGUCACCCACUUUACAUCUUUAUCUAAAGUAAACUGGACAUUCAAUCGCAGACCUGUUGCCCCGACCGGAAAAUCCCCCCGCUGAUUCGCUGGCGUCCAGCGCUGCAGCUUGCUCCUCUCGGUCAAACAAGGUAUGCACAGAUUAGGGCAAAAUUGUUUCAGUUCUUUAUUUUUAGGUUUUGUUGAUAUCAAUCUUUGAUCCCCUUUCAGAUUCACGCCUUUAUUUGGAAAAUUGAAUUUAGGUUUUUUUGCUGAUUUUUGUUUAAUUCUUGAAACCCUAAAAUCGCCCGCCUGAACGACGGUAAUCAUGUCGGACUUUGGAAGAGCAGGCCCGCCGGACAUCAGAGACACCUAUUCGCUACUCGUUCUCAACAUCACCUUCCGUACAACUGCUGAUGAUUUGUUUCCCCUUUUUGAUAAGUACGGAAAGUUUGUUGAUGUAUUCAUCCCCAGAGAUCGCAGGACUGGAGAUUCUUGGGGGUAUGCUUUUGUUAGGUAUAAGUAUGCAGAUGAGACUCAGAAGGCAGUGGACAAGCUUGACGGAAGAGUUGUUGAUGGCAGAGAGAUAAUGGUUCAGUUUGCCAAAUACGGGCCAGAUGUUGAAAGAAUGUAACUGGUGAGUUUAGUGAGGGGAAGGCAUCUCAUGUUCUAUAUAGACAUUCCAAGCUUACUACUACAUUCAGUAGCCAUGGACAUGUUUCACUCAUCUGCGCUAUAACUGGUCUUCGAAUGAUAUUACCAGCGAUGGCAAAAGCCAUUGACUUCACAACGUUUUCCCUAAAUUUGUAAGUUUUUAGUUUAUUUGUUUUUUAGACAAGAAGUUGUCUUUCAUCAUCGUAGAAUGGUUGAGGAAGAGAAGAAUGGGGUCUCCAAACUCGCCCUUUAAAAUUUUAGAUCUAUCAACUGCUCGGUAGAGUUGUAUUUUGUAUUUUGUAUUUUUUUUUUUUUUUGUGAAAGGUUGUUUGUGGGAUCUUGAGCUGAUGUCAACUUAGACAAAGCAUUGCUACAUGAUAAUGAGUCAUAGUUAUGUUAUGUAGAUUAGGCAUGUUAGGAUUGGGUCUUCAUCUAGAUCUGAUCCAUACAGGGAUUGGCGGAUCCAAUUGGUAUAACACUUGAUCCACUCAUUUAAUUCAUUGACCCAUAUAAAACAAUUGUCUUUCUAUUUAUUUUCUUGUCAUAUUCCACCCCACCAUACUGUUAGCUUCUCACUUUCUUUUAGAAAGUGAUUUGGUCUAUGGCAACAAUAUUUUAUAUUUAUAAAGUAAAGAUAUGUUAGUGGAGAAAUGAUCUUAGCCGUUGGUUUUAGUCUGGCCCCAAAGCUUUACCAUAUUGAGGUGGCUUUUGGUCAUUUUAAGAAGUGCAUCGUUCUCGAAAGUCCGACUCAUGUGCGCAACUACAUGAAGGUAUGUCCCUCGCCUAUUGAAAUUGAUGGUGUGAAUAUUUAGUUUACAGUGAUUGGUUAUAAGUGUUACAAAACUCACAUGGAUUAUCUUACAGUAUUUUUUUAGGGGUUAUAUAACAAGUUUAGUAGUAACUGCAACAAUAAUGAUAUGACUGGCUAUUUUUUGGUUGUUUUACCCUUUAUGAGUUCUUAAAUAACCAGAGUUUGUCGAUUAAUUGCUCUGUUUGUACAAUAAGCAAUUGUUUGUUUAUGUAUAUAUAAAGUUAUUGACUAUAUAAAGUUAGGCUGAUUAGACUUGGGUCAUGCAAGACUCAAUAAAAUUCAAGUGGGUUGGGUUGGUAGGUUUUUUCUUAUAUCAUAUGUUCUAAUACAUAUUUAUUGGAUGUAUUUUAAUAAUAAUAAUAAUGUUAAUGAUAAUAAUUUGCAAGUGACAUACAUGCCUAUUUGCAUCGUUAUUAUUAUCAAACCACCAAUUUUUCUUGGAAUUUUACACUCAAAGUAACUCUGAGUCCAUUUAAAAUUAGAAGUAUUAUUUAGGUGAAAAACAAUCAGAUUAAAAAAUAUUCUUAUUAGGUCAAUUAUAUAUAAAGUUUAAAUGGCUUAGCUCUUAUAAAUAUUACAAGAUUUUGAAUUAUUUAGGCCCUGAACUUGAAAUAUGGUAGUUUUUGUGAUCUUCAGUAUUCAAAAGUUUGACAUUUGACUUUUCAUGUUAUUAUAAAUUAAUACCAAAUUUGUGUUACUUGAAAUAUGAUGCCAGUGUUUACUUGCCCAUCAAUAGUUUGACUGUAUAAUUCUUCUAAGUUGUUAUACCAUGAGUCUUUCAAUUCCAAAACAAGAGUCAAUGCUAUAUGAAACAGUAUUUACUACAGAUCAGAAGACUGAAUUUUGACUUUUAUUUGGUUUAAAUCUAAAGAUUAAACUUUGACUUAUCUUGAGAUAGAUAUAAGAAAGCUGUGCUAUGCAACAUGUGUUAGCCAUGAUGUAGAUUUGCAAUACAAUACUGCACACAUGUCUCACUGUAAUUAAGAUGCAGAAUCAAGUGAGACGAAAACUUGGUUUCCUUGACCUCAAGGGAGCAGAGAUGAAACUCCUCAAACUAUUCUCAAACAGGCUAAGUUGUUACUAAUUCAAGUUUUCAUGUUUGAAAAGUUUGAUGCUUAAACUCGUGUUUGCUUGAAUGUAGUCAAAUAAUUUGGCUUAGUUACUUAAAUUACCGGAUUGCCCUUUCUUACCGGUUUGCAAAGGAUCUUGUUGAGGGGCGCAACUGGAGGGCGUUAUUGCCAAAUGAAAUGUUUUUAGUGAUACUUUGGUAUAGGUUAUGUUUUUCAAUCUUUCAUAACAUUUUUUUGACUUUUGUUAUUCUUACACAACAAAACACUACAAUCCUUUUCAAAGUAUGCAUGUGCAUACCUUACUUUUGCCGGUUUUGGCAAAACAAUGUUUUGUUUGUAACAAUAACCAAGUGUGGUUAUAUACAAAAUUUAUUGGUACUUUUUGGUUAAAUUAAGAGAUGGAUUGACGAGUUGUUUCUAAUGAAGGUGUGACUGUAUCUUGUGGUAUUGUUGAGAGCUCCAUCAAAUGUCUUGUGUUCGUGGGGAAUCUAGAGUAAGUUUAUGAACUGCAACGCUCCAUCAAAUGUCUUAUGUUCAUGGUCGAGGGCUCCAUCAAAUGCCUUAUGUUUGUGUACGCGAUCUUGUAUAAGUGAUUGGAAUUCAUCUUGUUAUUACAUUAAUAAGUUGUUUUGAGGAUAUAAUAACAUAUUUAAAAGUAAUAAAGUAGCAAACAAUUGCAUAUUGUGAUC